GCGUUUCUAGGUAUUUUAAAUAGGCUAGAGGAUAUGUCAAAAUUUUACAUAAAAUUGUGAGUAUCAAUCACUAAGAAUGUAAUUAAUCUCUUUGAUAAUUAGUGCAAUUCCUUAAAAUAGUCAACAUAGUCAACGGUAAGAAAUGUAUAAAACUACGUACAAACCCGUGCGCAAGAAAGCGGGAAGUGUCACAUUUAGUACAAGGUAUAAUAAAGGAAAAGAAUCAGCGUUUACUCUAUACAGUGGCCGUCUCUCUUUCUCUCUCUCUCUAGACUCUCGCGUGCUCCGAGGGUUUCUGUGGGCGUUUUACUGUUGCACGAUUUCGAUUGUCGGAAUCCGCGCGUGUUCAAUGGCGUCAUCUCCGACGUCAUCAUCCUCCUCGUCACUGGCGGCGCCGUCUUCGUCGAAUUUCUCCCAGCUUCCGGUGAUGGGGAUGAGGAAAAAAAUCGUCGCAAAAAUUUUGGAGAAUCGCGUCACCCUCAUCGUCGGGGAAACGGGCUGCGGGAAGAGCUCGCAAAUCCCACAAUUCCUACUCGAAGAAAACAUGGAGCCCAUACUUUGUACUCAACCAAGGAGAUUUGCCGUUGUAGCUGUUGCCAGAAUGGUAGCAAGGGCUCGUAAUUGUGAUGUAGGUGGAGAGGUUGGAUACCACAUUGGUCAUUCCAAGGUCUUCUCAUCCAGGUCCAAGAUUGUCUUUAAAACGGCUGGGGUUUUGUUAGAUGAAAUGCGAGAGAAGGGACUGAAGGCACUGAAAUACAAAGUUAUUGUUCUUGACGAAGUCCAUGAAAGAUCUGUGGAGUCUGAUCUUGUUCUUGUUUGCAUAAAGCAGUUCUUACUUCGAAACAAUGACUUAAGGGUGGUUUUGAUGUCUGCAACUGCCGAUAUUUCAAGAUAUCGCGAGUACUUCAAAGAUCUUGGUAGGGGUGAAAGAGUAGAAGUGUUGGCAAUCCCUAGCUCUGGGAAGAACACUAUCUUUCAAAAGAAAGUGUCGUACCUUGAACAGGUGAGUGAGCUUCUCGGAAUGAACUGUGAUGAUCUUUCUAUGAAAUACUGCGCUGGACCAAGCCCAGCAGUGUCUGAAGCUAAUUUCAAGCCUGAAGUGCACAGGCUCAUCCAUGAUUUGGUGAUACACAUUCACAAAAAUGAACCCGAUAUUGAGAAGAGCAUUUUGAUCUUCCUCCCAACAUAUGCUGCAUUGGAGCAGCAGUGGUUCUUCUUGAAGCCUUUCACUGCGAAUUUCAAAGUUCACAUUUUGCAUCGGAGCAUUGACACUGAACAAGCGCUCAGAGCGAUGAAGAUCUGGAGAUCUCAUCGUAAGGUUAUACUAGCCACAAACAUUGCAGAAUCUUCUGUGACAAUACCAAAAGUAGGGUUUGUCAUAGACUCAUGCCGUUCUUUGCAAGUUUUCUGGGACAAUAAUCGGAAAACAGAUGCAGCAGAGCUUGUUUGGGUUUCAAAAUCGCAGGCUGAACAACGUAGAGGGAGAACUGGUCGGACUUGUGAUGGUCAUGUGUAUCGGUUGGUAACUGGUUCAUUCUAUGGUCAACUGGAGGAUUAUGAGGCCCCAUCAAUACUGAGGUUGUCAUUACGCCAGCAAGUACUUCUCAUAAGCUGUGCCGAAUCUAAAGCUAUUAAUGAACCAAAAGCAUUAUUACAGAAGACCAUGGACCCUCCAAACCCUGAUGUUGUUGAGGAUGCACUAGAUUUGCUGGUUCACAUGCGCGCAAUAAAGAAGGCAUCUAUGAGGGGUCAUCACGAACCUACCUUUUAUGGGCGUUUGUUGUCCAGUUUCACUCUAUCAUUUGAUGCUUCUAUUCUUAUUCUCAAAUUUGGCAACAUUGGCAUGCUACGUGAAGGCAUUAUAUUCGGUAUAUUGAUGGAUCUACAGCCUCUACCCAUUUUGCGUCCUUUUGGUCGGGAGAACCAGGCCAUGGAGUACACCGAUAAUUAUUAUAAUGGAGGCAGUAAGGUUACUGGGCUAGGUAGAAAGGAGGUCUUGUGCAUGGCCAAUUUCUGCGCAUUUCAGUUUUGGCAACGUGCUUUCAAGGACAACUGCCGCCUUGCACGGCUCAAAGCCAUCUUUAAACCUGAUGAAGUUGAAGAUACAGAAAUCCUGCUUCCAAAGAUUGAGGAAGAAUGGUGCUCCUCUCACAAUCUUGUUCUACCUGCCCUCCAACAGAUUACUGAAACAUAUGAUGACAUAAUAAAUUCUCUGCAUCGGUUUCGGCCCAAGUUUCUGGUUAUAUCCAACAGUGUUCCGAUUCAUUACGAUCCAUACAACUUCCACCAUGCAUGUUAUCUUAAGUGUGCGCAGAACGAGGAAGCUGAUACUUCAUAUUUGAAUUACGAAGAAGAUGAGCAUGAUAAUACAUCAAAGGAAUGCAUUGCUGUACCCUUUGUUGGACCCUACGACUUUCACACAGAUGAGGUGGCUAGAAAGUUUGCAUCUAUAGUGAAAGAGAUGAGAAUCGACCUUACCGUGGAUGUAUCAAGAGAACAUAAUACAUACACUUAUGAUCAUAGAAAUUACGUUGAAUCGGGUGCACCGCUGUGUAGAUAUUUUGUUAAUGGAUUGUGCAACAGGGGUAGCCAGUGCCCGUUUUCUCAUUCACUUCAAGCAAAAAAACCUCUUUGCAAAUUCUAUUUCUCCUUGCAGGGAUGCAGAAAUGGAGAUUCUUGUUUCUUUUCUCAUGAAUCCGAUCCAUCAGCUUUACGGGGAAACGAAUCCAGUUUGUUUUCCCCAGAAGAUGAAGAGACAUAUGCAGCACAAUCUCUUCUGCAAUUCUUCCCCGCUCCUUCAUACGGACGUGUUCUAUUACUGGAUGAUAUAGAUCUUCAUUUUUCUUCGAACCUUGUUCAUCAAUAUAACCCCUCCUCUAUAAUUUCGACGACUUCUCAAACAGAUCGAUUCACAGUUGAUCCUUCACUUAGCGGCAUAGAAAUCCUGUGGGGCCUUAGCCACCCUUAUCAAACAAUCAUUUCUGGCGAAGGAGACGAUAGUGUCGUGCGAUGGAAUGAAGUCAAAUGUGUGUUGUGGUUUCCUAGGUUUGGUCAGGACCGUGAAUAUGGGGAAGCACAUCAGAAGAGUACGGUGCAAACUUUCUUCAAAUAUCUAGCCGUUCGGAUUUUGUCUGAUUCCCUGCGUGAUGUGCAAGUAAUCCUCACCAUGAACAAUUUAAGAUUCUCGAAAUUACAGGUGGAAACGUUAGCCAGGGACAGCUUUUUCUUUCUUAAAGGAUCGGUUCCAUUUGACGAGUCAAGCUUCGGGAAGUUAUCAGACGAACUAAGCACCAAAAAGCCAAUGGUGGUAUCGAAACCGAUUUCGUAUAUUUUCUAUCUGCAUACCCCGGCGGGCUUCCAGUUUGGCGAUUAUAUGGCGUCACUGAGCCAAGAUUUAAAUCGCGUUUUUAUUGGUUGAUACGCGUCUGAAGUUGCGAGUUGGUGUCCAUAGUUGUGUAUGUUAAGAUCUCAUUUAAAUUAUAUAGGAAGUCAAAAAUUAGUGAAAUAUCAGCCUUUUUUGUGCUUGGUUUGCCUGGGAUUUUUGUAUUUAUCAAGGUGGUCAAUCUCUGAAGCAUUUUGAACUUGUCUAAUGUACACAUACUGAUUUGUAUUUGUGUUGUGUCAUCAAACAUAUUUUAAUUCUCAACUGGCAAUUAUGUCAGAGGAACUGCUUCAA